AGUGCUGUAAGAGCUCCAGGAGCCCAAAAUAUUUACCCUUUUUCCUCCUUUUUAAACAGGCUGUACUUUGCACUGCCCACCAAUCCCGGGGAGCAGUUCUUUAUGUUUUGCACACUUGCUGCUUGGCUGAUCACUAAAGCAGGACAUCCCUUCGAACAGCCACAGGAAUAUGAUGAUCCCAAUGCAGUCAUAUCAAACGUGCUCUCCGAAUUACGAUCCUUUGGAAGGCCUGUGGAUUUUCCUCCCUCAAAAUUAAAGGCAGGUUAUGGAGAGCAAGUGUGCUAUGUUCUUGAUUGCUUAGCUGAAGAAGCCUUGAAACACACUGGCUUUAGGUGGAAAAGGCCAAUAUAUCCAACAGAAGAGCUAGAAGAAGAAGAAAUAACAGAAGAUGAUGCAGAAUUAACACUUAAUAAACUGGAAGAGGAUGUUGCGGAAGAAGAGUCAGACAAUGAAGAAAAUGAUAUUGACCUGAAUGUCCUAAAGGCACAAACGUACAGAUCAGAUAUGAAUGACACUGCAGAGCAAAAAGAGAUUUUACAGUCCACAACAGAUGCAGCAGAGUGGUAUCUGGAAGUGGAACGUGUGCUUCCACAGCUGAAAGUUACAGUCAGGACUGACAAUAAGGAUUGGAGGAUUCAUGUGGACCAAAUGCAUCAGUAUAAGGAUAGAUUUGACUCUUCUUUCAAAGAAACUAGGGGUUACUUUGACAAACUCGAUAAUGAAAUCAGCAGAACGUUGGAAAAGAUCAAUAGCAGGGAAAAGUACAUCAACAAUCAGUUGGAGCACUUGGUUCAAGAGUACCGUUCUGCACAAGCCUUGCUGAGUGAGACUAAAGAGAAGUACCAGGAGAGAAGUGGAAGAGUAACUGAAAAGAUUAGAGUGCUUUCUGAGAUUACAGAAGAACUGGAGAAAGUAAAGCAGGAAAUAGAAGAGAAAGCAAGCAGCAUGACUGAUAGUGCUCCUCUAGUGAAGAUUAAACAGGACUUAACAAAAUUGAAGCAAGAAACCAUUCAGAUGGACAUGAAAAUUGGUGUGAUGCAACAUAUGUUACUCCAGAUACAGCUGAAGGAGAAAUCCAAUAUGACUAGAGAUAUGAAUGCAACAAUGAUUCCAGAAGCACAGUAGGUGCCUACUAAAAUUGUUUGGACCUGACUUAGUUUGGUCAAAAAUAGUUUCUACGAUUUGUGAUUUUAGAGGCUUCUUUUUUUUGUUGGGGGAGGGCAAUGAUGUUUGUUCUUGUUUGUUUUUAACGAGAUGGUUGUCAUGCACUUUUUAAAGAAGUAACAUGCACACUUUGGACUCAGCAUAGAGCCAGGUUUAGUUUUGUGCUGUAAAACUUUACUGCAGAUCUCUUCCAAAUACACUUAUUAA